GCGCCGCCACGGUGUGACGUGUGUUGUGCCGCUCUCGUCCCCGCCUGCCUGCUUGUGUGGCGGCGGACAGCCUCACUCCAGAGUCGCCUCCGUCUUCAAGUCUCCCACACGCGACCAUGGCCACACCUGAGCCUUCGUCUGGUGUGCUGCCUCCUGGGGCUACAUAAUAUAUAUAAAGUAGCCCUGUCUGGAGUGUAGUCUUCGAGGAGAAGUGAAUAAAUUGACUAAAAUAGCACUGCGAUGAAAACACACAAAGUGUCUACUGUGUAAAAUAUUGACACGUCUGGUACACAGAGUCAGAAUUCACCUUAUGGCCUACAUGUAACGUGAUGUCAAACACUUGGUGAUAAUCUACACCAUAAUAAAUAACAAAAUUGUGUGAUAUAUUUUGUGAUGAUACAGCGAGGGAAACAAAGGCACAAGUAGAAGACAAUAAUUGGUGCUUUAGUGAGGGAUUUGUUUUACUGAAAAGUUGGAUGUGUUUAUAACACAACAACGGGGAAAUCUUACACCAGUACCAAGUGUGUUGGGCUGGCAGGACUCUUCCCCUCAGCGCCAUGAUGCUGCAGCUGACGGCGGAAGGAUCUAUCACCUGCAGACAACUCUUGUGUUCCUCUUAGUUAUGACAGUUGGUGUGCCAACAUGAAGUUCUUGUUCAGGAAGAAGUGGAAACGUGGCAAGACUUACUCGGAGAAGCUUCCCUGGGUCGUUAUACAGACUGACUUGCUGGAGGCUCGCCUGGGUAGCAGCUCCAGUAGAGGCAGCAGCAGAAGCAGCAGCAGGUGCAGCAGCAGAAGCAACAGCCCAUGCCCGGACUCUGAGAAUGGUGGAGGUAGUGAGUGGUGUGGUCGGUGGUGUGGGCGGUGGUGUGGGUGGUUAUGUGUGGUGAGGCUGGCACAGUUCUCCCUCUGCCUCACUCUGGUUGCCGCCGCCACCCACCUCAUCAUCGCUGCUUUCACCUCAAUGCUCAUAGCGACGCCCACUCCCCGCCCACGCCCGCCUGUGCCAUCCCUACCAGAGCACCAGUUGCCACGGCCUGAACCAUCCAAACUGCUAGACUUGCACGACUUCCACUACGUGCAGGAGGCGGGCGAGGUGUGCUCCCCUGCACGACUGUUCUUCGUUUUCCUGGUCCACUCCCGCCCUGACCACUUCCGGCAGAGGCAGGCCAUCAGAGCCACAUGGGGUGGCCACAAGGACCUUGAUGGCGGGUGGGCGGCUCGCACCGUCUUCCUACUGCAGUGCGGGUGGGCGGCUCGCACCGUCUUCCUACUGGGACAGGGCAGUGGGGGCGGCGGAGAGGCGGGGGAAGAGGACGGCAUGGGCGGUCUGGAGGUAAGAGAGUUAGUGGAGCAGGAGGCAAGGCGUCAUGGGGACCUCGUUGUGGGCAGCUUCACCGACCACUACCACAACCUCACGUACAAGCACGUCAUGGCGCUGCGUUGGGCCGCCGACCACUGCGCCCACGCCACCUACCUUGUCAAGGCCGACGAUGACGCCUUCAUAGACGUACCGGCGCUGAGAGCGCUGCUAGGGCGCACCUUCCCUCUCCCCCCUCCCCGCCGCACCCUUGCCUGCAACGUCCUGCCAGCUGGGACACAGCCGCAGCGAACAGGCAAGUGGGCGGUGAGCGAGGUGGGCUACCCGUGGCCCGAGUACCCGCGGUACUGCGCUGGCCUGGCCUACGUGGCCACUCCUGACCUGGCAGACAAAUUGUCCCGUGUGGCGGAGGCGGGUGUGGCGACCAGGAUCUGGGUGGACGACGUGUGGGUGACGGGGCUGUUGGCAGAGUCGCUGAGCCUCCAGCCUCACUACCUCAAUCUACGUUACUCCUUCGACCACAACGAAAUGGCGGCGUGGGCGACCCGAGCCAAGCCCGCCGCCCCGCCUCCAUACAUCUUCGCUCAUCUCGACCCAGCCUGCCCGGACUGGCGACCCACACUACACACUCUCUGGCACCACGCCCUCUCCGCCCACCAUGUCUCUUCCACCACGCCCACGCCCUCGAGUACCUCCACAACAUCUCGGUCUAGAUAGUGUCAGCUGCACAUACCACUGUUGAAUUAUGUACAAAUACCCAUCGCACCGCUCAGUGACUCCAGGACUACUGUGCUCUCAUCCACACAUCCUUCCCAGUGUCAUCUGUGUAAAAUAGAGAAAAUAUGAAUUACCAUGUUCCACUGUGUGCCAUUUUGUUACAUACGCGCGCACACAUACACACACUCCCCUACACACAUACACACACAGACAUUCUCCUAACAUAAAUACACCCAUUGGUACCGCAAAGCGCACAUGCAGAACGCCCCCCACACACACACGCGUUAAGCUACACAUGCAUACGUAACGUGCUUAUUUGUGUAUAUUUGUAAAUAACGACAGAAAUAUUCGGAAAUGUUUCUAUCAAACGAAUUGUCACAAUUCUGUGCCAAACGAAUAAGUGUCCUGAAGGUGGCCACAUCACCCGCCGCACCCCACUACGGUCCUGGAGGCCACACCCCUAAGGCCACAUCCCUAUCCACGCCACUGGACACACGGCAGGAAAUACUCCAAUAGUGAGACAAUAGCGAGGAGGUCAACAUGACUGACGACUACUGGAGUUUGUUCUGUGUCCCAGGUGUCGUGUACACAAUAACACACACAUACAUACAAACACAUGGACACAUAUACAUACAUACAGUAGACACAUAAACACUGGCAUAUGUAUUCACACAC